AUGGCGGGGUCCAGGCGGCGGGGUCCCCGGGCCGCGGUGCGGCCGCUGCUCUGCGCUCUGCUGCUGUGUGUCUGCCGUUCCGCGGGCGGCGACGGCGCGGGAGGCGGCCCCGGGGCGGCGGGCGCCACGGACAACCCGUCCGCCCCGCCGCACCGCCGCUUCGAGUACAAGUACAGCUUCAAGGGGCCGCACCUGGUGCAGAGCGACGGGAGCGUGCCCUUCUGGGCCCACGCGGGCAAUGCUAUUCCAAGUUCGGAUCAAAUCCGAAUAGCACCAUCUUUAAAAAGCCAAAGAGGAUCAGUGUGGACAAAGACAAAAGCGGCCUUUGAGAACUGGGAGCUUGAGGUGACGUUUCGAGUGACGGGAAGAGGUCGCAUUGGAGCUGAUGGCCUGGCAGUUUGGUAUACGGAGAAUCAAGGCUUGGAGGGGCCUGUGUUUGGAUCAGCUGAUAUGUGGAAUGGUGUUGGAAUAUUUUUUGAUUCUUUUGACAAUGAUGGAAAGAAAAAUAAUCCUGCAAUAGUGAUUAUAGGCAACAAUGGACAAAUCCAUUAUGACCAUCAAAAUGAUGGUGCUAAUCAAGCUUUAUCAAGUUGCCAGAGGGACUUUCGUAAUAAACCCUAUCCUGUCCGGGCAAAGAUUACGUAUUACCAGAAAACAUUGACGGUAAUGAUCAAUAACGGCUUCACACCAGAUAAAAAUGAUUAUGAAUUUUGCGCCAAAGUGGAAAAUAUGAUAAUCCCCGCCCAGGGGCAUUUCGGAAUAUCUGCUGCCACUGGAGGUCUUGCAGACGACCAUGAUGUUCUUUCUUUUCUGACUUUCCAAUUGACUGAGCCUGGGAAAGAGCCACCUACAGUCGAUAAAGACAUUUCUGAAAAAGAGAAAGAAAAGUACCAGGAGGAAUUUGAGCACUUUCAACAAGAGCUGGACAAAAAAAAAGAGGAAUUCCAGAAGGACCACCCCGACCUUCAAGGGCACCCGACGGAUGAGAUAUUUGAGAGCGUGGGAGACCGUGAGCUGAGACAGGUCUUUGAAGGACAGAAUCGUAUUCACCUUGAAAUCAAGCAGCUGAACCGACAGUUAGAUAUGAUUCUCGAUGAGCAGAGAAGAUAUGUCUCCUCCCUGACAGAGGAGCUCUCCAAGAGAGGAGCCGGAGCCCCAGGACAGCAGGGGCAGACCUUUCAACAAGAACUGGAUACUGUUGUGAACACUCAGCAUGAGAUUUUGAGACAAGUAAACGAAAUGAAGAACUCCAUGAGUGAAACUGUCAGACUGGUCAGUGGCGUGGCGCACCCUGGGCCGGCGGCGGGCGUGUACGAGACCACCCAGCACUUCAACGACAUCAAGGAGCACCUGCACAUCGUGAGGCGGGACAUCGACAGCUUAGCGCAGCGGAGCAUGCCAUCAAAUGAAAGGCCGAAAUGCCCAGAACUACCACCGUUUCCAUCAUGUUUAUCUACAGUGCACUUUGUUAUAUUCGUCGUGGUACAGACGGUGUUGUUUAUCGGUUAUAUCAUGUAUAGGACUCAGCAAGAAGCAGCUGCCAAAAAAUUCUUUUGACCUCCAUUUUCAUGUGUACAUCAUGUAUCUUUCAGAAAUUUGCUCUGAGUUAUUUGCUGAUUGGACUGACUGCCUAAAACCCAUACAGAGACUCUGAAGAAGUCUGCAUUAGAGCAGUAGCUCACCAGUACUGCAUAUGCAGACAGCGCUAGCAUUGCUUUUUAUGAAGCAUUUAUCCCAGACGCUGAACAAGAAUAUUUUAUCGAUCACUCACACCCUUACGACCACUUCAACAUAGAACUGCUCCACAGCUUUUUUUUUUCUUGUAGUGUUAACAUGUUGAAAUUCAUAUUUCAGAGACAUCGUCAUGACAGAAUUUACUCUUAUUCCAUGAAAAAAAAAUUAAUACUUUCAGAAGAAUGUUUCAGUUGUAGACUGUGAGACUUGGAAAUCCUCUUGAGAUGAAAAGCUGCAGAAUAUCCAGUAUUAUAAAAAUCCAGAGCCACGUGUGCCUGAACUUUAAGGAAUAUUAGAUCUAUGCAGUGUACAUUUUCCAGGCUAAAAUUCAAGAGGAAUUGUUCCAGUCAUUUCUAAUGCAAGUGAAGACAGCUAGGACAAAAGAGCAUACGCGUGAAUCUUUCUUACUUUCUUUCUUACUAAUUUAAUUUGCUAAAAAAAAAUCACUCAGUAAGACGGUUCAUACAAGUUGUUAUUGUUGGAAAUUUGGUUUGUUUUCCUCAAAAUCACUGACUUCAAGUAGUUCAUUUUAAGUGUUUGCUAUGUGGGAAAAUCAAUCACUGCCAGGAUUCUCUGAUUUCUGUACUGUUUUAUAGAAUUGAAUUUUAACUUCUCUCACACCAGCAAGUAUUUUACAGGUGCCUUGGAUUAAAACAAAGUUGAUUUUACAAUUUUACUGUAAAUCUUUGUGCUUCUGCCACUUUAAGAAAGAAAUGCAAUUGUAUAAUGGUUAAUACUCUUAUUUAAUGUACCUUUUGUGUUCUGAGUGUUUGAAUGUUUUAUCCGGCCUGAACCUUUACUGUGAGGGCAUGGUAUUCUGUCAUGUAGUAAAGAGACAUCAGUGUUUCUCAGAGUGAGAAACACUGUGAGCCCUCUGAGUCCUGGAGCGCUUGUGAAGAACGCAGAUGCCAGAGCACCAUUCCCAACCACCUGCAUCGAAACUCAGCGGUGGGAGCUGCAGAGAAUCAUUUUCGGCAGGUGACUCUGAGCGCACUACUGUUUAAGAACCACUGAGGGGAGGGGUGGUGAAAGAAACACAGGUUUGUGUAGUUUUAUAGCUGAGCUGAGAGCUAGCAUAACAUUUUCAUUGUCAGCAACAUUAGCAAAUGUGACUGAUUCUUUAUACUUAGAACGUAUUACUCAACGUUCUUUUCACCGAAACUCUUGGUUUAUCAGCAACUACAAACUAAACCCAGGUUGCUGCCUGGGGCUCUCAGUACUUUGGUUGAUGGCUCUUAGAAAAUCACCUUCAGAUCAUGGUCAAGCCAUGGAAACCCCCAUCUUCGAGUCUGCCUGCUAAAGCGUUUGCUUUUCCUGAUUGUGGUUUUUGUGACAUUUUAUCUCAGACAGUUGUACUUUUUGAUAACUUGGGGAAAACAAAAAUUACUUGAAUAAGGGAUUGCCUGACCCGCUGCAUUGCAGAGACACAGUCUUUGUAAAGAACGUAAAUGACAGUUGUGAAUAUUAAGAUGUGAUUAUCUUUUUCCUGUCCAUGUGCUCAUUGCAGGGAGAUAGUGAACAAAUGAUUAUACUGGGGAUUUUUUUAUUUAUAAGAUCUAAUGUAAAAUCACCACUUGCAACUUUUUAGAUCUGUAUGUUGCCUGUUUAAUAUAUGCUUUUAAAGUUUAAAAGGGUUUUCUAUCCAUUGUUAAUUUCAAUUAGGUGACAUUUUGUCGAGUGUUUUUUUUUUCCUGAUU